AUGGCAAUCCUUGUUCAUAGCGAGAGUAUGGAAAACUUUGAAAAUUCGCCUCAUUCGCGUAAGAUGGGUACGCUUUCAUUGGCUCCUAUAUUGAGGUUUAUCCCUCCAUUCCGCAAUAUUGCAAAGAAAGACCAACUCAUCUAUUUUGUUCGAGAUCUGUUCAACGCCGGAACAACAACUACAAGCAGCACUUUGACAUGGGCUUUCUUAGCUUUUGCGCAUUAUCCCAAUUAUCAAGAAAAAAUUGCGGAAGAAAUUCAGGAAACUUUGGGUAAGAGUAUGAAAUUGACUUCGGCAGUAUCGAAUAUUAUUAGUCGGAUAAUAUUAGAUUCAAGAUUUGACUACAACGACAAAAUGUUGAAACAUAUAAUUGAAAUGAUGAAAAGAAACUUUGAAGAUACGCCCCAUUCUCGUUUAAUGGGAACGCUAACAAUGGCUCCUAUAUUGAGGUUUAUCCCUCCAUUCCGCAAUACUGCAAAGGUUACGGCUGAUGAUGCGGAAUGCUUACUUGAAUAUGUGCGUGAUUUUAUAAAGGAACACGAGGCGAAACUUGACGAACUGGACAUCCGAGACUUUACUGAUGCGUUUCUCAGUGAGAUAAAGAAAAGUCAUAAAGAUGACAGUGCUUUUAAUAAAAAGCAACUCAUCUAUUUCGUUCGCGAUCUGUUCAACGCCGGAACAACAACCACAAGCAGCACAUUAACCUGGGCUUUGUUAGCUCUUGCGCAUAACCCCAAGUAUCAAGAAAAAAUUGCGGAGGAAAUCCAGGAAACUUUGGGCGAGGACGGUAUUACGUCAAUGAAACAUCGAAAUGAAAUGCCAUUUACUUGUGCUUUCAUACAAGAACUAAUGCGGCAUAGAUUGUUGGCCCCAAUGAGCGUGCUUCACAAGACCACCGAAGAAGCGACUUUGAAUGGAUACACUAUUCCGAAAGACACGAACAUCGCUCCAAAUCUCUGGGCAGUUCAUUUUGACCCCGAACACUUCGAAAACCCGGAAGAAUUUCGACCUGAAAGAUUUCUUGACCGCGACGGAACAUUUAUCAAAUCAAAUCACGUGAUCCCGUUUUCAAUCGGUCCUCGACACUGUAUUGGCGAACAACUUGCAAGGAUGGAAAUUUUCAUUUUUCUGACCGGAAUAAUACAAAAGCUUAAGGUGGUGCCCGAUCCAGAAAAACCACUACCAUCUUUCUUCGGUGGGGGGCACGGCGUUGUAUCAUACGACCCUCCACCGUUUGAUGCUCUUUUUGAACGCCGCUAAAUGUUUUUGUUAAAUCCACAGGUCAAGUUUACAUCGUUACUUUAUGAUAGAAAAUAGUAAUUUCUCAUUCUCCUAAAAUAAAAGCGGAUAUCAUCACGAUGAAAGUUGAUAGUUACAUUUUUCUAGCAUGUUUCGAUAGAAAAUGAACUCUUCAACCAUUA